AUGCGCCAGUGCGAGUGCUGCAGCCAAGAGGUGAGGCGGGUGGAGCUUCCCCAUUUGCCCCACACUGGCUUACCGCAGGGCCCCCGCAGUCAGGCCAUCCACGCCCUGACACACGCUUCGAUUCACAGCCAUGCACCAGCACACUGCUCGGCCUCCUGCUCCAUUGUGGCCAUGAGCAAGCGGAAGAAGUGGGUCGGGGUUCCUGCUGCACAUGGUGCUGUGCUCCCUGCUGGUGGUAGUUCAACAGGCAGCGUCAAUGGAUAUCACACCUGCAAAGAUCUGACAGAGAUCCAGUGUGACAUGUCGGACGUCAACCAGCAGUACGAAGGGCUGGGUGCUGCUUUACGGGGGCGUCUUGAGCAACUCUCGGCCAUGUUGGAAAAGAUGAGGGAGGCCCAGGACCAGGUGAACGCUGUGCUGACAUGGUUGGAGGAGAAGGAGCAGGCUUUGAAAGUCCUGGAAGCUUCCUCUUCACCUACAAAAUCGGAGACAAUGAGAGCUCAGGCAGAACAUAACAAGGUCUUAUUUUCAUGUAUACAUAAAAGCCU